AUGCUCGAUAUCCUUCCUUUAAAGCAGUACCAGGAGAACUAUCAAGCCAUACUGGAUGGUAAUCCACUUCCUUACGGCAAUCUCCGCGGGAAGGUGCUUGAUAGCGAGAAAUUCUGGAGAGAUUACGGUGACUACGAGCCUGUCCUGCGACAACACGUUCCGGAAAAAUACCACAAAUACUUCUCCACGCCCACGAAAUCGCACGCGCACCAAUCUUUUGACGACUCGGUUGAGAUCGGCCGGUCCUACAACCUAAGUCCUGUGAAAAAACGCGAGCCUUCUUACGGCUUGAAAGAUUCAGAAAAACUCGCAGACGACGUGUUCGACGCCGACAGGAAGAUGUACGUUUCGAGAAGCGACGACGACGACCCCAGCAGGUCGCUUUUCCAGCAAACUUACAAGGUUUUGAGCUACGAUCGCAGCGCGCAGGGCGAAAAACUAAAUUCACUUGUGAGGAAGAUUAGCACAGAGUUUGAUGAGGUCAAGGACGAAAACAGAAUACUGCGGCGCGAAAACACCGAGCUCCGCACAAAAAUCAGACAAUUGCAGGACGAGAACCACCGCAUAACAUCGACAGGCGAGCUCGUGAAGAAGAAGUUCGACAAGUACUAUAUGGAAACGAUGAAGCUGAGAGAGGCUUUGGCGCAGCUGAAAAAUUCAGCUAGCUCUGCUGCAACGGCGCCAGCGCCAGAACCCCAAAACCCUUCUCCAGCCAAGUCUGAACGGCCAGCUACCUCCGGAAAAGUGGUUUCUGCCGACACCAUAGACGAUCAGCUGGCAUCCAACGAGGAGAAAAUGAAGCAGCUCGCUCUCACAACGCAGGAGGAGCUGGAAAAACUUGAGGCUGAGAACUUGAAGCUCCUCAAACAGAAGGAAGUUCUGAAACACAAUCCCGACGUUCUCACUGUGAUUACCGUUGGCGAUGGAGUCAUCAAGGUGGAGCAAAAGAGACCCGAGGCCCCAAAGAUGGAUUCAGGUGAGCCUAAAACACCACAGGUCCAGAUUAAACAUCUGAAAAGGGACAGCACGCCGCCAAAACCCCCGGCCUCGUGUCCUGUCUGCUCGCCAGCAAGAAAAGUGGACUUUGACUCAGACGAGUUCAGUGACGACAGCGUGCCGCUGGACGACACCAUGAUCUACAAAAAAACGCACAAGAGCAACCUGCUCAAUGUAGGACGCAAGCACUCCUAA